GCAAAACUAAGUUUUGGUCAUCUUUUACAACCAGUUUUAUUAUUAAAAUAAAAUAUAUUUAAGUUACUUUUAUAUUCUCACAUACAUAUUUUGUGAUCACGGAUGUGGUUUCACUACUUCUCCUCGACUCAGUAAAUUGCAACUUUUGCACUCUAUUAAUUAAAACUAUAAAGAUUCGAUACUUAUUCUUAUAAUUUAUAAAGACUCGAAAUAUUUUUCGAAAACAUUCGCCGAAUUAUCUUUUAACAAAUUUAAAUUAAUUUUUACCUAUAUCUACAUGUAUUAAUAAUUAAUAUUAUGUUCUUUAAAUAUUAUUUAGAAAAUUCGCUUUUAUUUAUCGUUCCACGAUUCUGUUCAUUUAUGAAUUAAUUACAUUAAAUCACUAGUAAGUUCGUAUGGAAUAUCGUUGAACGGGCAUUAACUUUAUAAGAAAGCGUUAUAUGGAUGUAUGAUUUUAUCUGAGAUUUCUUAUGUAAUGUUUCAGUAAUACAGUUAGACAUGGUAAUUUAUGAAAGAUAAAAUCAUUUAAUCAAAAGAAAUCAAAACUAGAUACGAUGUUUCCAAAGUAAUCUAAUCGCAUUAGGUUAUAUUCACUGAUCUAGUCGUAGAGGAAGCAAUGCUUAAAAAACCAAAUUGAAAAUCAGUGCCUGGCAAAGAAGCUGGAUGAACAUACCGUUUCCAUAUUAUCAUGUUAAUGAGCAUUUAAUAUCACAUUUUUUACCAAGCUCGUAAAUUUACCGUUAAAGCUGUUUUAAGCGCCAUGUGUGCCUCGCCUUUCCCACGAACGUUAUAUUAAAAAACCUAUGUCGACGGUGUUUCAAUUGUCGCAUACGCUUUUACAUAUCGUGAAUUGCAGACAUUUCUAGCAUUCAAAAUUUUUAUGUUUCGACCUUAGUCGGGUCACGUAUGGAUUAUAGAUCCGUUUACCGAUCUAACGUUUCAUUCAAAGGAAUUCAAUUAAUUCGUGCAAAUGAACCGCUUGGUUAAAGGCAAACUUUUCGCUUGGAAGGAAUACACGAGGCAUGUGCAUGUGUAUUUUUGUGCAGUCAGAGUGGCGGAUUCGUAGGCUGGUUGGUCGCGAAGCGAAGGGCCGCGUCACGAAGGCAAAGUUAACGGCCCAUAAUUCAUAGCCGACAUAUAAUAAAUAUCGUUACUCCAUCGUAAGCGCACGUAGACACGCGCAUUGCGGUCUUAUGUGCACGUACCCUUCGUGUAAUAUGUAUGUAAAGAUGUAAAUGUUGGCGACUCCAUAUAGGCUUUCCCUGAGAUUACGUGGUGAGCUUUCGUCCUUGGCAGAGGUAAUAAAAGUCUCCUUUAACAAUGCACUCACGCGCAGAAUAAAAUAAUAGUCGCCCUUUUUAAAAGCCUUUUUACCCUUUUAUCGUGUACCGUGAAUAUACAGGCGUUUUUUGAAAUUCGGGGUCAAAAGAAAUUCUUUAUUGGGCCGUAGCUUCUUUAAACGUAUUGCUUUUAUGUUCGUUAACUCAUUUAUCUUUGAAACGUUUUUGCUAUCUUCCAGUAUAUGUCAUUUGCAUUAAUUUUAUGUAACUGGUUUUAUAAUAAAUAAUUGUGUAAUUGUCGUUACUUUUAAUAGAAUAUCUACAUUUAUUUCGAGUUUUCUUAACUAGUAAGAAUAAAUAGUAUUCGUUUAAAAGUAUUGGCAUAAUAUAUUUUUGUAUCUUUUUUAGGUUAUUUAUUCUUCUUUAUGAAUUCGUUUCUUUCGCCACAUUGAUUUAUUGCUUUAAAAUUAUGUUUAUAAAAAUUAAUUUAUAUACAAAUUAUAAACUUGUAUUUACAAAUAUUUUAUUUCCGAAUCUAUUACAUUACAGUAAGACUACACCGACUGUAUAUGUAAAUGACUAACGGUAGGCAGAAGCAAAAAAAAUUUAUACACUCGCAUUUUUAGUCUUCCAUGCCAUUGGGUCAUUGAACUUACGAAACAACGUUGUAUCCUUGAGUUACAAGUUUAUGUUUUUCGUUUUCUUCGGCAUCGUGUAUAGGAGAGAAUAUGUAUAAAUAAAUGUAUGCGUGUACGUUACGACAAUCUCAUAUAUUUCACAUUAACUUCAACGAUUCUCCGAAGGAAUAAGUUCCAAAGAUACUGCAAAUAUGCUUGUAAACUCCAUUCGUGCGUGUGCGCGUGUGUAUCAAAACGAGAUAAAAAAUAUUAUACGCGCAGAGGAACCCAAAAUAAGGUGAAUAAAAAAUAUCUUGCAUGGCCGACCACCGCGGUUUGCGGUUACAGUGUGCAACGAAAAAAGAAUUCUUCAUUUCGUCUCUUUCUUCUUCCUUUCUUCGUUUGACUUGUUCCUGUCCUCUUGGUUCGCCAUCCUUCUCUUCGUUCUUCGUUCGUGAGACUUUCAACGUGUGUAGACAGCCGGAUUUAUAUUCAAAUGAAUCGCCGUGGAAGGGUCGACUUAUCAACGUAUCAAACCCGACGAGGCGAAGAAUAGACAAGGGGGUGAGUUGCGAAAGAAUGUUUGCUUCUUGAUCGAUCACUGGUAUCGCUUGAGGGAAUUGUUAUUAAUUAUCCUAAGAACUUGUUCCUUGAUAAUUAAUUCUGGAAUACGAAGAACGCCCAUUUCGUAUUGUAGUCGAAUCUGUCAUUUAUCAUAUUAUUAUCCAACUAAAUAUUUAUGUAUCAUCGACGACUAGCGUUCAGUGUUGAAAAUUAAGACAAAUUUUAUAUUUUAUAUCGUAAUAUAAAAUGUUUUCAAUAUUUCAAAAGACCAAUGUAUACAGUUUUUAACUCUUUGUGAUUUUUGUGAUUUUUUAGUAUACUCGCGCGAUACGUUCUAAUUAAUACGCAGAGAUUUAUAUACGUAAAAGAUAACCGUGGCAAUUACGUAGACAGAUAGCCGAUAACGACGACUGCCCUUUCGAAAUAUUACGCGGCGAAUAGUCAUCAUUUUGUGAACAAGCUCGAAAAGUUUUUCGAGGGCGCAAUUAUCGGCAGAACGAUUUCCUUCGUUCGCGCCGCUACAUGACUUUAUUUAGCUUUAGUUUGUUGAAACCGGUUGCAAGCGACUUCUCUCUUCUCUUACUGCAAUACCGAGAGUUCGGUGCUCCGCAUCAUUUAGGGUUCCUCGGGUGGAGGAAGGAAUUUCGCGUUCACCACGCUCGACAGCUUCUUUCGCAUAAAGGUAAUCCUUCGUGCAGCAACUUUCGAACGAUUUAGUAAUACGUACUUUGAUUUAUCGAGUAUUUAUGAAUUCGUAACACCAAUCAUUUUUCGUUGGAUCGCGUUUAGAAGUUAGACGAUUUCGAAAAAAAAUAUUACUAGAAACGAAACGUUAUAAUUCAUACGAAUAAUUGGGUUGCAACUGCGAUAUCAAUCAGAUUAAUUAGCCAACAGAAUGAUCAAAUUUACUGUACGAUUAUAAAUACAAUUAAAUUGUGACGAAGUGAUUUAUUAAGUUAGUUACGAUAUAAUAGAUUACAGACGAUAAUCGUAACGCAACAAUUUACUUGCGAUAGUCGAUUUAUCUUGCGAUCGAGGAACUUUUAAAAGCUUCGAUCCCUUCGGGGAAUGACGUUCAAGUGCAAAGAAAUUCGGUCAGGGCCGUCAUACGACUCGAUCUUCCGCUUUUUGCAGUUAAAGAGUCGCGUCUUAAUUAUCCUUUUUUCUUAUCCGUCGGAGCUUGUAAAUUACAUUCCAUGGUUGGCCGACGUACCAGGAGGAAAGCGGAUCACCGUGCUUCGCAUUAGAUCGAGCGUGGGUAGCUUGCGUCAUUAAGCAUAGUAACUUACGGUACAAGAAUGACUUUGGCUUUGGCGGAGAAAGUGACCGGGUGUGGCCAUUGCGAGACAUUGUACAUCGUACGCAUUUGUAUACACUAGCCUCGAAGAAAGAUUUUCGUUGUUCGUUGUCUUUGACAGCGUCUAUUGUUCUAUCAAUUUUUCCCUUGUCUCAAUGGUUAAGACGUUUCUCUUAGUAAAGCUGUUCUUAAACUGCAACCUAUAAGGAUGUAAAUCUCAUUUCUAACAGUCGGGUCUGGCAGUACGGUAGUUAUUAUCGAGAAAGGAAUUUAGUCGAAGAAAUCGGCGAAUUCUUUUUGUUCUAAUGAAUUCUUACUUAGCGAGAAAUUGAACGUAAUCCACGCGGAGAUAUUAUCUAGGUUCUAUGAUUUUUCUACAUUAUGAAACAAAUAUCAUUUUUUUCAUAUAUGAUUAUAUUUUCAAGGAACAUCGUUGCCGAUGUACUUUGUAUAGCUUAAUAUGUAUAAUUUCAUCAGAAUGAUACAGAUUGUAUCGUACCUAAGGAUACAUCGUAAAUUCAACAUGUCUUCGUCGACUGAUGUUUGCUUCGAAUAACGAGAAGGACGUAAAGCAUGUACAAACCUCGAAUAAACGUAGAAAAACUGGCUUCCAAGUCUUGCGAGGUACGCUGCAAAGCUUUCUGUCAAAUUUGGUAAGUUUAAUAUUUAUGUUUCCGGUCGAAGCCGGUUUGUCGGUAGCAUUAUUGCGGAACGUAUAAAAAAAGUGCGGGCAUAUGUAUCGAAAAUCUUUAACCGUACUAAAAAAGAAUUAAUUCGCAUAAAACAAUGUUGAAAUCAUUAAACUACGAUAGAUAUGUCCUCCACAUCUUGCAUAAAAUUAUAGAACAGGGACGAGUACGAGUUAUAUUCUUUUAUUUUUAGUUAUAGUUUCCCACGAAUUAAUGGAUACUUUGGACAAGUGUAUCCGUAAUUGCGGUACUAAAAGUUGACUUCUACUUUUAAACAUAUAGGCGAUAACUUGGAUCGCUAAAGUAAACUGCAUCGAAUUAAACGCCAUUAAAAUGUGGUGUCCGUCGAGUAUACGUUAGUAGCGGAAAUGAUGGAAAUUCUAGGCGCUGAUGCAUUCGAAUUUCAAGAUUUUUAUCUGACGAGCUCUGUGUUUGGAAUCAUUGUUUUCAGGAAACGUAAGAAACGUAAGACGUGUUCGAACUUACUAUCAACCAAGUUGAGCCACCCGAACCAAACGUGCAAACGGUUUGGCCGGUUUUCGAGGUAGAGUUCAUCGAACCUUGGUUGCAAGGGAUUGAUCGUGUAUGGCUACUGAAGGUAUGUGCACAAACAAUCAUUGAUCUGUGACGCCCGGCCGCCUACAUAUUACUUACAUAUUAUCUAGUUCGAGCUCAAAUAGGACGCGCCGCUUAGAUCCAGAAACAAAACUUCUGUUAUCACUUUCAUCAGCUACGAAUAAUUUUAUAAGCAAUUUCUAGGCCAAGGUAAAUAAUUUUCACUACUAGCUUCGAGUAAGAGUUUUAUCCGAUCGUAUAUUACUACUUGCUCUUCUUUUAACCAAGAUCUUUCCUUUUAAAUUGUCGUUAUAUACCAUUGGCUAUUUUAUUAUAUACUUAUUUUAUUAUAUUGUAUUUAUUAUAUACCAAGAUGACUGGCUUGAAAAUAAAAUUACUACAAUUCUUUUUACAGCGAAUUCCGUAAUGAAAAAGAAGACCGUGGAUCUGUCCGUGAGAGUAUUUGCCAUUUUUCGUAGUUUAAGAAUGCACAGAAACUCGUUAAACAUUUCUUCGAUCUUUCCUCAUCCACCGAGCCGUGCACUCGCCUCUUUCCUCUUCUUUGCAACCGAGAAGAACCGUCCCGGGACCAUUGUUAAAUCUUUUUCGAGGUUAUUACACGUACGAUAUGUAAAUGUGUCGCUGGGUCCGGUCCUCGACGUCGGAGGACCAGCUUCUUUCUUUUUCUUUCUUUCAUUCCGAUCCUUCUCUCUAUUUCUCUUUUAUUCCACACGGCUUCUUCUCUCAUCUUGUCAGGGGCGGAUCAGAUCGAAUCCGUCUCGAUAAAAUAGACCUGUUCACGAUAAUAAAGCCAGCCAAUUACAAUUCAUGAGAGGCAAGUCAAUUCAUUCGUCGAGAUGAUCUUCCGAAUUUCUUGUUUCUUACUGCAACUAUUCUAUAUAUAUGAAAUAAUGUUACAUUAUUAGACCUCUAAAUAUCGUAUACCUAUUUAUACUGUAUUCGCUAUAAUUAUACUAUAUUUCAUUACACGUAUAAUUUAUAUGAAAUAACACGCACAUCAUACGAAAUAAAAUUUUCUUUUAUAAAAAUGAAUUGUUAAAAAGAUUAUCGAAGUUUCUAUUUUGCACAUUUAUAUAUAUAUACAUGUAUAAUUAUAUCGAAUUAUAAACCUUUAUUCAUCAGCCCAACAAUUCGAUGAACUUAUAUGUUUUAUGCCAAAAAUAGCAACUACGUAAUGAAGAUUUAUAAAAUAUCGAAGAUGAACAAGUAUCCAACUACGAUUUUUACCUAAAAUGUUUCAUCAAGUAAUUGUAAGUAAGAAGUAUCGCUCGUUCAUAAUUCAGUACUCAAUUUUAGCGUAAUAGUUUGUAUUAUUUUUAGUAAAUUAUUGAUAUUCCAUUAUUUAAACUAUUCGAUAGAAAAAGACAACUCUAUUGGAAAGGUUUGCGUGGAUCCGCUCCUGCUGUAUGCCACUACUACCUCAGCAUCGUCAUCACCAUCUCCCUGGCUCCUCCGUAACGGAUAGGCUUCACCUCCAGAACGGAACUCCAGUCUGCUUCCAGUUUCUCCCUCGAGAAUGCUUGUUGACUUAGUCGGAGUUCGGCUCCCACAACGCGCGCUUCGUGGCCACUCCACUGACUUGUCCCAUCAGAGAACUGGUCCAUGCUCUGACAGAAAAUAUCAUUUAGUAUCGAAGAUCUUGGAACAACUUGCAUAGUGUUCGUUGACCUUCGUUGCAUCGAAUUAUUCGAUACGAAAAGCAUUCUCUAAGGAUACAAAAAGACUUUCGAAUCUACUUCGCAAUUGUGUUUUGUUAUAAUUUUGAUAGUGUUUAUAAUUAAAGUAAAAAAGAAAGAAAGCAUAACAUUAUCGUUAGAAGAAGUUGAUACGAGGAAGAAAUGUGUGGCAAGCAGUAUCGUCGAGAUAUCGAAGACAGACAAUGAUCGAUACUUGAAAGGUUCAUUUAUUAUCAUGAUUAAAUACAAAGUCAUAGUUAAUAUUCGUAUAAUUCAAUGUUAAAUCGAUUACAGUAAUGUGCACCGUGAUACCUGUUUUUACAGGUUUUACUCUGGUUUUACUCAGUCUAUGCUUCACUCUACUUACCGCUGACCCUGUUCAUAAUAAUUAAUGGUGUUAGACUCCGUGAAUGCCUGCGGACUGGUCAUGCCUGGCUCUCAUACAGAAUAGGCUGCGGUUUUAUUUGCUUCUAUUAGCGCUGGUUAUUUUCAAAAUUGUUUGUAAAGAAUUUUUCUGCGGUAAACGUUUGCUUUAAAAAUAGUUAUAGCCUAUUGUUAUAGUAAUUGGGAAAAUGAUGAAUCCUUUCUCCACGUGUAUUUAGUUAUAAUGCAAGUAUCAGUUUUUUAAUAUUGUUAUCGCGAUUGUUACGUUAUACUUGUAGCGAGAUGAUCCAAGAGCUCGUGGUGGUAAAAGCGAGAUAAAUUAGAAAUAUCUCAUUUACGUCACAAUGUAAAUCUUUAAUUUACAUAACUUCCCAAUGUAAAAUGUAAAAAUCGUACGACGAAGUACGACGGAAGAACGAGUAUACAACGUACGGUCUAUAUUUUCUUCAAGAGAAAAGCAAUUUUCCAUUUGUUGGUUUGAUUAUUAGCGACGCGCGUUAGUGCGAUUUCCAAGCAGUCCCUGAUUAAAACCGGUGCUCACUUUUACCCAGGCACUAAAUCUAAUCAAAUGAACCGACAAGGCUUAAUUACCGAGGCGAAUCGUAAUUACAGGUGUGCCAUUCUUCGGAGGAAAGGGAGGCGGGCGCAUAAGGAUGCGCUUACGCAGGAAACGGUGCAUGUCCCGGUGACGCUACAGAAACUUGGAGCCAUACAGAGCCAUACAGAGAUAACCACGGAAGUACGGAUGACGCGAUGAGACUGAGCCCGAUUAUCUUGUCGUGGGCCACAGCGAGCUGGCUUGGUCCAACCGGAACUACGGCGAUACGAGCUCAAGCCUCGAAGGACUACGAGUUGUCGACUGAAUUCUUCCUGGUACCUAGCGACGUAGCGAUGGACAAGAACGGUCUGGCCAGUGUAGCGAGUGUCAUCAGCGUUCCAGCACCGAACAGGACGGUUUCGGUGUUCAAAAUGCCUCCUGGAAAGAAGAACCAGGAGAUCGAGGUCGAUACUCGGCCGUACUCGAGGUCCUUGCUCAGACAACGACCCUGGGCUCUUCCUCUGGCGGCCCUCAGCGCAGCCACGAUGCUCCUCAUGGCUGGCUUCGAGGUUUUCGUACUGCUCAAGGCAAGGGUAACCGCGCCAAACAGACGACAUUUAUUUCUGGGACAAGCUCUACUUUUAGGCCUUUUCCUCCUGGCAGGACUCUCAGCAGCAGCCUCCCUCAGUCAAAACCCUCUGUCCUGCGCUGCAUUUAGAUUAGUCGGCUUACCUGCUGCUCUUGUAUUUGCAGCCUUGCUGGUUAAAUGCGUGUUCCUGCUCUCAUUAAAUAGUGGAGUUUAUCUACCAGCACCUUAUCAAGCACUAGUAUUGGGAUUCGCCGUGCUCGUGCAGGUAGCUAUCAUUGGACAAUGGUUUUACGGCGAGCCACCUACGGUGGUUCAGGUACAAAAUACAGGACAAAACUCUCCAAUGUCCUGUUGCAAAACUCCUCUUGGACAGAUAGUGGCUUCCCUCGGAUAUCCGGGCGCGCUGUUGGUUGCAGUAGCUUGUUUAGCAGUUCGAGCACGCGGCGUUCGAGACAACAACCGGGAAGCAGCAUUUAUUGGCCUGGCUGUUGGUUUAUCGCUUCCGAUUUGGAUAUCGAGUGCGAUCGGUUCAGUGGCUGCCUCGACGGAGAGUGACAGAGAAGCCUGGCUAGCUUAUGGUUUAUUGACUACUUCCCUUCUCGUGUUCCUGACGAUGUUCCUGCCGAAGGGUCGCCAGUUAGCUGCCCUCGGUCGAGAAGCUUCCGCAACGGUGAUUCGUGAUCGAGACGAUGCUUUGAGCUCGCUUCCUGGCAGCCGUUACUCGCCUUCCUUCUUCCACUUCAAGCCAGCUGAAGCUUCUUUAAAGAGAAAGAUGCAUUAUCACAGCGGCGAUCGCGUGGCAUUAGUUUCAUCCGCUAUACCUGGAUGCACUGCCUGCAGGCAUGGUGGAAGCCCCAUAUACUCCGACGAUGUUCAUGCACCGAUGGAGACGUUCGUCUUACCACCAGGCAUGUAUUUGAGGCCGGAAGACGCAGGAAAUUUGUACACGACUCUAUCAGCAAAUCCGAACGUAUUCUUUCAACGAGCAGCUCAUCCCGGGAUGAUGUAUUGAUAAUUUUCCACACACACAUUCGAAUAAAUGUCCGAUAAAAGGACAUUUAUUUUUUUAAAGGACAUGCUUUUCUACAUUCUUAGAUUAGAUAACCACGAGGCGGACUUCGUUUUCUGUUCGCUUGUUUUGUUAUUGUAAAUAAUGAAACGUGUAAGCUACGUUGGAGAUUUUUUUUUUAUUAGCUUCUCUCAUUGUGGAAGCUACGCACGAUUAUUUCGAUAACAAAUCAAAAUAUAGCAACUGGAGGCGAAUUUCGCAAGAAAUUAUAAUAAAGGUACGAUCCAUUUUU